AUGAAGAUACUUGCAGUAUUUAUCUUGGCUGUGACAAUUACUAUAGCAAAUGCUCAAUUUUCUUUUUUUUCGAAAACGAUACUAAAAACUCAAGUUUAUGCCGCCGCGGGUGAAUGUGGUCUAAGGGAAGGUGCAAGUAGAGAUGCUAUUCGAGAUCUAAAACAUGGCAUCUUUGCAGAUGAUGAUCCAAAUUUAAAAUGUUUUGUUGAUUGUGUUUUGGAUAGAUUGGAUUUCUUUGUUGAUGGUGAGAUAAAUGUGGAUGUCAUCAAUGAAAAAGUUGGUUCAAUUAUUGGUAUGGAACAACUAGAAGCUGCAAUGGAAAAGUGUAAUGAUAUCAAAGGUGAAGAUAAUUGUGACACCGCAUAUCAACUACUUAAAUGUUACUACAGUAACAAACCUCCAGUUCUUUAA